GAGACCGCGCAGGCCAUGGUGUACGCGGGCAUACUUUGAAGGCAUCUCCAGAGAAGGUUUGUGUGGCGAGUUUGAUGCGCGUUUCUGGCUCUGCGAUUUCGUGUUUUAGCCACCACCUGCGCUGAAUUCGGCUGUGUUACGCCUCGAUUAGCGUGCGGAGCUGGUGGAUUUUUUUAAGGGGAGAGGUGUUUUGUUUUUUAAUUCUUGGCGGUGCUUUGAAGAGCCAAAGCAGGCGUGCUUAAGGAGAAGUGUGCGGAACAGGGGGCGUUCGAGGUUGGCGGGUGAUGCGUUUGUCGCUUGUGAGGAAGGCUGUAGGAUUGUGUGUGUGUGUUCGGUGAGUGGAUUGCUGUUCGUGCUGGAUGAUUUGUAGCCAUGGGUAUGGAAACGACGCCGCCUCCUUUAAUGUCAACUCUGAACCCGAAUGCGAGUGAGUUUAUCCCUGCGGCUCUUCGUGUCCGAGCGGAGUUGAGUAAGACGACGCCUGCUGAUGUUGUUAUCCUCCCUCCGACUGUUGAUCACGUCGUAACGGAGCCAUACUCGCUUGAGUGGUGGCACUUCAUGGAGACCGAUCUUGCUUUCCGGCAGCAGUAUUUCUCAAUGUGUUCAAGUGAACACGAGAGGACUUUCCUUUCCGAGGAGUUAGAUGUAAGCGCAGACUCCGAUGAUUUUUUCAGUUAUCAAGAGGAGCUUGUACUCCGGGAAGAGGAGGAAGAGUUGGCUCGCAACUUGGCGCAUAUCGAUUUCUAUUCGGAUGAGGAUCUUAGCCUCACAGCUACGAAUAGCUGCAAGGACGUCAAGUCUCUCAAGCCUCAGCCGCAGGUACCGUGGUCCAAGAACUUUAAUCAGUAUCAGAAUAAGGCUAUGUCUUACCGGGGUGGUCCACCUAGAAAGGCAAACACCUACCACCGCAUUCACCAGCCACGCUCCGAUAUGUAGAACGAUAGAAUGAAUCGUGCCCUUCCGAGGGCUGUAUGGUCACUGUACAUUUUCGAAAAAUACUGUUGUAGCGUCGUGUACAUUGGGAGCUUUACCUGCAGAACUGUAGUUUAGCCUACAAUUCUGGUAGGCAUUGAUGUACAAAUUGUACCGUCACCCUGAGUCCAGCAUUCCCGUUAGAUUAAAUGCUUCAUAGGUGUGGUAUGAAAUUUUACAGAGGUCGCAUUUUGAUUCAGGUUGAUGUUACUAGUUCUUUAAAUGUCUACCAUUUUCUUAUGUGUA